GGACCUGGGGGCGAGUGUCCGUGCAGAGCCCCUUGGGCUGCCCCGUUUCCCCCCAGCUCUGCUCACCCGCUUGGACUUCCCGCGCAGAGUUAGAGUCAAGGCGCUCCGAAUUUUUGCCCGAGUGAGGGUCUCCGCACACUCCCCCAUCCUUUUUCAGUGCCGACUGCCCCCUUUCCUUUCUGCCCCUUAGUCCGCCAGUUCUGGUGCACAUUCGUUUUUAAGGCUGGAGGUUCUCGAGCGCUUGCUUCCAAGGACUCCCCCACCCCCUCCCCUCCUCAUGGAGUCCGAAAUGCUGCAGUCCCCCCUUCUGGGACUCGGGGAGGAAGAUGAGGCCGACCUUACAGACUGGAACCUGCCCUUGGCUUUUAUGAAAAAGAGGCACUGUGAGAAAAUUGAAGGCUCCAAAUCCUUAGCUCAGAGCUGGAGGAUGAAGGAUCGGAUGAAGACAGUCAGCGUGGCCUUGGUGCUGUGCCUGAACGUUGGUGUGGACCCUCCAGAUGUGGUGAAGACCACCCCCUGUGCGCGUCUGGAGUGCUGGAUUGAUCCUCUGUCCAUGGGUCCUCAGAAAGCUCUGGAAACCAUCGGGGCAAAUUUACAGAAGCAGUAUGAGAACUGGCAGCCACGGGCGCGGUACAAGCAGAGCCUCGAUCCGACCGUGGAUGAAGUCAAGAAACUCUGCACGUCUUUACGCCGGAACGCCAAGGAGGAGCGGGUCCUCUUCCACUACAACGGCCACGGGGUGCCCAGGCCCACGGUGAACGGGGAGGUCUGGGUCUUCAACAAGAACUACACGCAGUACAUCCCGCUGUCUGUCUACGACCUGCAGACUUGGAUGGGCAGCCCGUCGAUAUUCGUCUACGACUGCUCCAACGCCGGCCUCAUCGUCAAGUCCUUCAAGCAGUUUGCGUUGCAGCGGGAGCAGGCGCUGGAGGUGGCUGCGAUUAACCCAAACCACCCACUGGCCCAGAUGCCUCUGCCCCCGUCCAUGAAAAACUGCAUUCAGCUGGCAGCCUGCGAGGCCACCCAGCUCCUGCCCAUGAUCCCUGACCUGCCGGCUGACCUGUUCACAUCCUGCCUCACCACCCCCAUCAAAAUCGCCCUGCGCUGGUUUUGCAUGCAGAAAUGUGUGAGUCUGGUGCCUGGUGUCACACUGGAUUUGAUAGAAAAGAUCCCCGGGCGGCUGAAUGACAGGAGGACUCCGUUGGGUGAACUGAAUUGGAUCUUCACAGCCAUCACAGACACCAUCGCGUGGAACGUGCUGCCCCGCGAUCUCUUCCAGAAGCUCUUCAGACAGGACCUGUUGGUGGCCAGCUUGUUCCGAAACUUCCUGUUGGCGGAAAGGAUCAUGAGGUCGUACAACUGCACCCCCGUCAGCAGCCCGCGACUCCCGCCGACUUACAUGCACGCCAUGUGGCAAGCCUGGGACCUCGCCGUGGACAUCUGCCUCUCUCAGCUGCCCACCAUCAUCGAGGAAGGCACUGCAUUCCGGCACAGCCCGUUCUUCGCUGAGCAGCUGACCGCCUUCCAGGUGUGGCUCACGAUGGGCGUGGAGAACCGGAACCCCCCGGAGCAGCUGCCCAUUGUCUUACAGGUGCUGCUGAGCCAGGUGCACCGGCUGAGGGCUUUGGACCUGCUGGGAAGGUUUCUGGACCUGGGUCCCUGGGCAGUGAGCCUGGCCUUGUCUGUCGGCAUCUUCCCAUACGUGCUGAAGCUGCUCCAGAGCUCGGCCCGAGAGCUGCGGCCACUCCUGGUCUUCAUCUGGGCCAAGAUCCUGGCCGUGGACAGCUCCUGCCAAGCUGACCUCGUGAAGGACAACGGCCACAAGUACUUCCUCUCCGUCUUGGCAGACCCCUACAUGCCGGCUGAGCACAGGACCAUGACAGCUUUCAUUCUGGCUGUGAUUGUCAACAGCUACAACACACGGCAGGAAGCCUGCCUACAAGGCAACCUGAUCGCCAUCUGCCUGGAACAGCUCAGUGACCCCCACCCCUUGCUGCGUCAGUGGGUGGCCAUCUGCCUGGGCCGCAUCUGGCAGAACUUCGACUCCGCCAGGUGGUGCGGGGUGCGGGACAGUGCCCACGAGAAGCUCUACAGCCUCCUCUCCGACCCUGUUCCGGAGGUCCGCUGCGCGGCAGUCUUCGCCCUGGGCACGUUUGUGGGCAACUCUGCCGAGAGGACGGACCACUCCACCACCAUCGACCACAACGUGGCCAUGAUGCUGGCCCAGCUGGUCAGCGACGGGAGCCCCAUGGUGCGGAAGGAGCUGGUGGUGGCUCUGAGUCACCUCGUCGUCCAGUAUGAAAGCAAUUUCUGCACUGUGGCCCUGCAGUUCAUGGAGGAGGAAAAGAACUAUCCCCUGCCCUCUCCGGCCACCACAGAGGGCGGGAGUCUAACCCCAGUGCGGGACAGCCCCUGCACCCCCAGGCUCCGUUCCGUGAGCUCCUACAGCAACAUCCGCGCCGUCACCACAGCGAGGAGCCUCAACAAGUCUCUGCAGAAUCUGAGCCUGACGGAGGAAGCCGGCAGCUCGGUGGCGUUCUCCCCCGGAAACCUGAGCACCAGCAGCAGCGCCAGCAGCACCCUGGGCAGCCCCGAGAACGAGGAGUACAUCCUCUCCUUCGAGACCAUCGACAAGAUGCGCCGCGUCAGCUCCUACUCCUCCCUCAACUCCCUCAUAGGAGUUUCAUUUAAUAGUGUUUACACUCAAAUCUGGAGAGUAUUAUUGCAUCUGGCUGCUGAUCCCUACCCAGAUGUGUCUGAUUUGGCCAUGAAAGUACUCAAUAGCAUCGCCUACAAGGCCACGGUGAACGCCCGGCCACAGCGCAGCCUGGACACCUCGUCUCUCACCCAGUCGGCCCCGGCCAGCCCGACCAACAAGGGCGUGCACAUCCAGCAGGUGGGGGGCUCCCCCCCAGCGUCCAGCACCAGCAGCUCCAGCCUGACGGGAGACGGGACCAAGCAGCCGGCCAGCCGUGACCUGCCUACGGGCCGGCCAGGCACUGCGGGCCCCGUGGGGGCACAGUACACCCCGCACUCCCAUCAGUUCCCCCGGACACGCAAGAUGUUCGACAAGGGCCCAGACCAGACCGCGGACGACGCAGACGAUGCUGCUGGACACAAAAGCUUCAUCUCCGCCACCGUGCAGACAGGCUUCUGCGACUGGAGCGCCCGGUACUUCGCCCAGCCCGUCAUGAAGAUCCCGGAAGAGCACGACCUGGAGAGCCAGCUGCGGAAGGAGCGUGAGUGGCGGUUCCUGCGGAACACGCGUGUCAGGAAGCAGGCGCAGCAGCUCAUCCAGAAGGGCAUCACGAGGCUGGACGACCAGAUAUUUCUGAACAGGAACCCCGGCGUCCCCUCCGUGGUCAAAUUUCACCCCUUUACCCCGUGCAUAGCUGUGGCCGACAAGGACAGCAUCUGUCUCUGGGACUGGGAGAAGGGGGAGAAGCUGGACUACUUCCACAACGGGAACCCCCGCUACACCAGGGUCACCGCCAUGGAGUAUCUCAACGGCCAGGACUGCUCCCUUCUGCUGACGGCCACGGAUGAUGGAGCCAUCAGGGUCUGGAAGAACUUUGCCGAUUUGGAGAAGAACCCGGAGAUGGUGACGGCCUGGCAGGGGCUCUCAGACAUGCUGCCAACGACCCGAGGAGCCGGCAUGGUCGUGGACUGGGACCAAGAGACCGGCCUCCUCGUGAGCUCAGGGGACGUGCGGAUUGUCCGGAUCUGGGACACAGACCGUGAGAUGAAGGUGCAGGACAUCCCCACAGGGGCCGACAGCUGCGUGACGAGUCUUUCCUGCGACUCCCACCGCUCACUCAUCGUGGCCGGCCUCGGCGACGGCUCCAUCCGCGUCUACGACCGGAGGAUGGCACUCAGCGAAUGCCGCGUGAUGACCUACCGCGAGCACGCGGCCUGGGUGGUGAAGGCCUACCUCCAGAAGCGCCCCGAAGGCCACAUCGUGAGUGUGAGUGUCAAUGGGGACGUGCGCUUCUUCGACCCGCGGAUGCCCGAGUCGGUGAACGCCCUCCAGAUAGUGAAGGGGCUGACGGCCCUGGACAUCCACCCCCAGGCACACCUGAUCGCCUGCGGCUCCAUGAACCAGUUCACCGCGGUCUACAAUGGGAACGGGGAGCUGAUCAACAACAUCAAGUACUAUGACGGCUUCAUGGGCCAGCGCGUCGGGGCCAUCAGCUGCCUGGCCUUCCACCCGCACUGGCCCCACCUGGCGGUGGGAAGCAACGACUACUACAUCUCCGUGUACUCGGUGGAGAAGCGCGUCAGAUAGCGGCUGGGCGCCGGCCGCCCAUGUACAUAGCCCACCACUCCCUGCUCGCGUGUGCCGUGGGCCUGCUGCUCCACACCGUGCCGGGCUCCAGGCCCCGGGCCGGGCCCCUCGCCGCUUUCUUCUUCCUGUCUUCGCUGUAGUGUCUAGAAAGCCCAGGGAAGGGCUGGGGUCUGAUAGUCACUGCUCGCUGGGAACCUGCCCGGGCCCGAGGACUCGGCACAGCCCACUGGUUCUGCUCUCCUGAGACUCGCCAGUGGGGAGACCCCGGUCUCGUUGCCACUGACCGGACAGAGUUCGAAGACGGAGCUCCAGAGCGACUUGCCUGCUGCCCCAUCUAGCCAAGGGCAAGCACGGAGAGGCUGCCCCAGCCUGGCACUGGCCUCUACGGGGUGCACAGGUAGUGGGGGACGUUUCUGAGCAGGUGUGAAGAGGCUGGAGACUCAAGGCCAUGGGAGGGGCACAGAGGUCCCCUCCAGCCAGCAGGCUUGGGAGGACCCCAGGGCCAGGCACUUCCCUUGGCCAGCCGGUCCUGGUGCCCAGGGCACAUCAUGGCCGUGUCAUAGAAGAGGGCCCACCCUCCUGCCUUCACGCCCACCCCGCACAGUCUCAACCCUUGCCAGGAGCCUGCCGGCAAGACAGGUUCCAAGGCUCCAGGAGACGAGGCUUGCCCUGAGCACUGUGGCCGUGGCUGUCAGCUGUGCUCCGAGCCCUCCAAACUGCUGCUCUUCCCCCGAAGGCACAGGGGCUGCAGCCCAGGCCCGCACACGGGUGCACACACAUGCAGGCACGUGUCCCCUGCCCGCUGGCCCCGAGGGGUCCAUGGGUAAACGACAGGACCUCCAGCUCCGAAUUGCACACGCUGGUGUGACCGGAGCUCGCAUGUGUGUGCAUCCUGUGGGAGAGCCCUUGGUGGCUGCUUUGGUGUGUCAGGGCAGUCUGAGCGUGUGUGUGCAAGUGUGCAUGCAAGACGGUCACCCCAGGAGGCCCACAGAGGACAUGCGAGAGAGGCAAGCAGGACACAGCUACAUGACAGCGUUUGAGAAGCACGUUCUUCCGUUCUUGGUAGUCAGGGCAAUUCGGGUGGAGGGUCGCUAGCCCACUGCCGUGGAGCCGCGGGGCGGGAGCUGGUCAACAGAGGAGCCGCCCUGUGUGGGCACAGUCCCGGGCCAGGCCUGUCUUCCAGGCUGUGGAGCCCUGCUAAGCAGCGGUUCCCCAGAAACACCCUGGUCAUAGUGGACUGGCCUGGACAUGGGGUUGGACGGGACUGGACAGGGGAGGUGACCCUCCUGCUGGCCACCAGAAAGUUCCAGUCAAUCCCGUCUUCAUGUCCUAGGCGAGCAAGAAGCUUGGGGUCAGGACAACCAUAGAAAGUCCUGCCUCCCUGGGAGUGAGUCCUGCAGGUGCUCCAGGUGGUAAGACACCGGAACCUUCCAGAAUGCAGGCUCUACCCAGACACAGCUUCUGAGCCAGCAGCGUGGACACGCUCUAGUCCAGUGUGCACUCCCGUUUGGGUUGAGACAAGACAAGCCCGCGCCUGGCAAAACGCCCCAGGCUCGGUGGGGGAGCGAGGUCCUCCCACCACCUGUGGCAUGUGGCAGGUGCCACAGGCCACCUGACCGGCCGUGUCCUCACAGGUUUGACGCGAAAACUCAAUCAUGAUGUUAAGUGAGCUCGAGAGAGCGCCGACCUAAAGGUUCAUAUAUCUCUAUUUAUUUACCAAAAUGAGCAUCGAAAGGACUUGGACAAAAAUGGGAUUGUGACGCAGAACUACGAGCGAUGACAAACAGCUGUUAAUAAAGAUGACUGAGUACGUG